GUUUGAAAUUGUUUUUAAUGUCCUCUUCAGAGUACUAUAAUUAGUUUUAAAUUUCACAGGAGAGGUGCCCUGGUGAUAUAGGGCGCUACAAUGACAUUAUCCAACAUGAGACACUUCGUGUGGCUGUGUGUGGGAUGCUGGAGAAUGAAACUAGUCUCACCAUUCCAGAUGCUCUAAGCGAAGUAAUGGACAAAACAUUUCUUGAAUUCUAUGACUACUAUGACAGCUCAGUCAGAAAGAAACUUCACCUCCAUGGACAACAUAUGCAGGACCCAUUUGGAGAGGAAAGAGGUACAUUCCAGUACCGGAAUAUACUAACAAGACUGCAGGCGUUGCAUGCAAAGUUAAGUGCAAAAUGUAGUAACAUUGGAGCCCUGGGGGAUAAGACAACAUCGGACAAUGAGUGUUCAAGUGAUGAUUCUGACUUGGAUCAACCAGAUGAACCACCAGACUCAGUGAACAGUUGAUGAUUGAGAUUACCAAUAAAUUCAUGUACUUCUGUUGUCUCAUACUUAAGUACUGAUAUGGUGGGCUGUAGGACCAACUGCUGGUGUAGAAAUUAUUCCAUGUUGUGAAGUACAUACCUUUAUUGAUGGGACUGCAUAUGUUGCAUCAGUGUUUUAGGGGCCAGUCUAUGUAUUACACAGCAGACAUUUUCUUGAGUCUUUUUAAAAUUAAUAUAAGAUAUUGUCAUGUGUUGGCUGUGUGACACGACAAAUAACUUCAUGCCGGUCUUGGAUCUAGCGAAUUUAUUGCACACUUUUAUCCACAUUUAAAAAAUUCACAAUUUCAGUGUCCCAGUUACUUCUUCUAUAGUCACUUCCAGACUUCAACUGUCUUCGGUGGCUGCUACAUUUCAACUGAACUGUCUGACAAAGUCAGAGUCACAUUGAGACUGACA